AUGGAUCAUGUAGCCUUCGAUGAAACACUUUGCCAGCCGAUAAUCAACUUGACUAACAUGCUCUUUAAUAUUAGUAACAAAAAUAUUCAGCAAUGUGUUGAACUUAUUAAUGAUUUGAUCACAAAAAAAGUUUUUCAUAUUAUUACAUUCAUAAAACUUCUCGAUCGAAUAUCCUCAUAUAAAAUCAAGAACACAAUUUUGUAUUUAGAUAUUUUCAACUCUAUUUACAAAAAGAACAAUUUUACAUUUAAUUCUGAGUAUUUUCCUUCAGGAAGUACAUUUGGAGCGAUAAUUUUGAGAAAAUACGGUCUAAAAUGUCAUAAUCCCAAGUAUGAACAGUAUUCUAUUGAUCAACUUUAUAAAAUUUUUCCAGAAGAAGAGGAUAAACAGUAUUUAUUGACAGAUGAUAUCGAUUCUCUACUAGACUAUCUGAAUAAAAAGAAUGAGACCUCCUCAAAAAUACUACAUUACGCUGCCAGAUUAGGAGCAGUAAAAUGUUUUAAACAUUUAGCUUCAUAUUUCAAAUUAAAAGACAAAUAUAAUAAUGUUAGUCAAAGUACAGACACAGAACAAGAAAUUCUUCAGGAAGCUUUUAUCGGAGGAAAUAUUCAAAUAAUAAAUCUUUGUAUCAAUUAUUACUGUGUUUAUCCCGAUGACAAAUGCAUAGAGAAUGCAGUGUAUGCUCAUAACAAUGAAAUCGCUACAUAUUUCGCAGAAGAAAAACAACUUUCAUAUUCAUGGCAGAGUUGUUUUGUAACUCUCAAUUUUGAGAUGUUUCUGAAAAAAUUGAAUGAUUCUGAAAACAAAAAUUCCGAAAUCCAACUGCAGGCAAUCUUUUUAAUACCAAGAAUUAACAUCCCAGGAAUAACUAACUAUUUUAAAGCUAAAAAUAUUGACUUAAACUUAAAAAAUCAUAAAAAUGAAACAUUACUCAUGCAUUGCGCGAUUUAUGGUAACGCAGACCUCGCAAAGUAUCUUAUUAGCAAAGGAGUCGACGUAAAUGCAAAGAGCGAAGAUAAUCUUUCUGCUCUAAUGUUCGCAGCUAUUAAUAAUACAUCUGAAGUUGCUGAAGUUAUACUUUCGGAUCCAAACGUCAAUAUGUAUGAUACAGCAAUUGAUAAUGUUAAUUCUUUGAUGCUUUGUGGAUUAUACAAUUCACCUGACGUGGCGAGAGUGUUGAUCGCAAAAGGAUAUGAUGUUAAUAAAGCAGCACUUAACAAUUAUACACCAAUUGUUUUUGCAGCAAUGGGAAAUUCAUAUGAAACAGCAAAAAUUCUCAUAGAAAGUGGAUGUAAUCUUAAUUUGGUCUUCAAUAACGGAACAAAAGUACUAGACAUUGCAAAAAGUUACCAUUCAGAUGAUGUCAAAGCUCUAAUCGAGUCAUAUUUAUAA